AUGAAUGCCACACACUUUGUAUUUUCAUUUCAGCCUGUGCUGCUUAAUGUCAGUGAAGACUUCAACGACUCAAUACUGAACAACAGAAGCAGUGAUGGAUUUUGUGAGCAAGUCUUCAUAAAAGCCGAGGUCUUCUUGACCUUAGGAAUCAUCAGCCUCCUGGAAAACAUCCUUGUAAUUCUUGCAGUGCUGAAGAAUGGAAACCUACAUUCUCCCAUGUAUUUCUUCCUUUGUAGCUUGGCUGUUGCAGAUAUGUUAGUGAGCAUGUCAAAUGCCUUGGAAACUAUCAUGAUUGCAAUCCUGAGCAACGGCUAUUUGAUCAUUGAUGACCACUUUAUUCAGCAUAUGGACAAUGUUUUUGACUCAAUGAUUUGUAUUUCUUUGGUAGCCUCAAUUUGCAACCUCUUGGUUAUAGCAAUUGACAGGUACAUAACUAUUUUCUAUGCUCUCCGUUACCACAGCAUCAUGACUGUGAAGAAAGCUUUAAUCCUGAUUGUGGUCAUUUGGAUUGCUUGUAUCAUCUGUGGCAUCAUUUUCAUUGCCUACUCAGAAAGCAAGACUGUCAUUGUCUGUCUCAUCACCAUGUUCUUUACCAUGCUCUUUCUCAUGGCCUCCCUUUAUGUCCACAUGUUCUUGUUUGCACGCCUGCACGUUAAGCGGAUUGCAGCCCUCCCUGUGGAUGGGGUGCCCUACCAGCGUACCUGCAUGAAGGGAGCUAUCACCAUCACUAUAUUACUUGGUGUCUUCAUUGUUUGCUGGGCACCUUUCUUCCUUCACCUCAUUCUCAUAAUUUCUUGCCCAAUGAAUCCAUACUGUGUCUGCUACACUUCCCAUUUCAAUACCUAUCUUGUCUUGAUAAUGUGCAACUCAGUAAUUGAUCCACUCAUUUAUGCUUUCCGGAGCCUGGAGAUGAGAAAGACUUUCAAAGAAAUAGUGUGUUGCUGUUAUGGCAUGAGUGUGGGACAGUGCAUGCUGUAA